UUUUUAGAAGUUGGCAAGUUGUGACGGUCAAAAACCACCACAAAUUUGUUCGGUGACAUAAGUUGUAUCAGCUGCUCCUUAUCCAACCAGCAGUAACAGUGUGGAAGCUCAAACAAAAACCCUGCAACUAAGACCUCAAAACCCUUCCAUGGCUUCAACUCUCACAUACCAACCAUGUUAGAAUUUUCUUCUCCCCACACACAAAUGGAGCUUUCUUCUUCCUUUCUACUUCCCCAUAAACCACUUCACUCAUCAUCCUAUUUACACAACCCACUUCGAAUCACCACAAAAACCCGACACCCCACCACCCAAAUCCUCCGUAUUUCCGCGGUGGCCAUCGACCCGCCGCCGCAGGAGCUUCCUCAGAACAGUCCCCGCCGCCUCCUGCAGGAGCUCGCCGAACGCAAGAGACCCUCUCCGAAAAGAAGAGCACCGCCGAGAAGGUUCGUCCUCACUCCUCCGGUUAACGACAAGAAACUCGCCAACAGGCUCCUGAAUAGCCCACAACUGACGCUGAACAAUUUCCCUGUGCUGAGUUCAUGCCUCCCUUACGCGAAGCUCAAUGAUAACGACAAUGCGUGGAUGGAGGAGCAUUUGAUGGAAGCGAAGCAGGCGUUGGGGUACCCUUUGGAGCCGUCGGAGGAGGUGAUGAUGGGGGAGGGGAAUCCGGCGAAGAUGCUCGAUACGCUGCUGUAUUUGGCAUUUCAGCACCCCAAGUGUGAGAGGUCGAGGGCGAGGCACGUGAGGUGUGCGCACUCGAGGUUGGUGUUUCUGGGGCAGUAUGUGUUGGAGCUGGCGUUGGCGGAGUUUUUCUUGCAGAGGUACCCGAGGGAGUCGCCCGGACCGAUGAGGGAGCGGGUUUUUGGGUUGAUUGGGAAGAGGAGCUUGCCCAUGUGGAUUAAAGCUGCGAGUUUGCAGAAUUUGAUAUUCCCCAAUGUUAAUAUGGAUAAGUUGGUUAGGAAGGACAGGGAGCCGAUCGUAAAGUCUGUAUUCUGGGCUUUGUUUGGGGCAAUAUAUCUGUGUUUUGGCAUGCCAGAAGUGUAUCGUGUUCUUUUUGAAGUCUUUGGAAUGGAUCUAGAAGCUGAGUAUUGCCAGCCAAAAUUGCGUAGGCAACUUGAAGAUAUAGAUCAUGUAUCUGCUGAAUUUAAAGGCAAGCUAAGCUGGCAAGAUGUGGUUGCAUAUAAGCCUCCUGCAGAUGCCCUGUUUGCAAAUCCACGGCUGUUCAGAGCUUGUAUCCCCCCAGGCAUGCAUCGGUUUAGAGGAAAUAUAUGGGAUUAUGAUAGCAGACCCCAAGUAAUGCGAAUCCUCGGAUAUCCAUUAGAUAUGGAAGAUAGAAUUCCAGGAAUUACUGAUGCUAGGAACAUAGAGCUUGGACUUGGAUUGCAGCUAUGUUUCUUGCAUCCAUCAAAUUACAAGUUCGAACAUCCUCGAUUUUGCUACGAGAGAUUAGAAUACCUUGGCCAGAAGAUACAGGAUUUGGUGAUGGCUGAAAGAUUGUUGAUGAAGCAUUUAGAUGCUCCUGGGUUCUGGAUACAAGAAAAGCACCGCCGCAUACUUAUGAACAAGUAUUGUGGAAGAUAUUUGAGGGCCAAACAACUCCACCAUUACAUUAUAUAUUCUGAUAAGGUUAAAGAUGCUUACGGGCGCAGUCAUAGACUGAGAAACCCGGCCACAACAUCUGUUCAACAAGCCCUUCACGGGCUUUCAUAUGCUGUAUAUGGGAAGCGUGAUGUAAGACGUCUGAUGUUUGAGGUUUUUGACUAUGAGCAAGUCCAACCUAGAACAAUUUAAAUAUGAAGAGACAGUAGUGACAUUACACAAGGAUACAAGAAAUUCCACUUUCAUUUAUUCUUUGACCCCCUUUUCCUUCAUCUUUUACAUCUUUCUCUGCUUUUUUUUACCCUCUUCAUUUAGGAUUCUCCAUAUUAUGAUUUGAUCCUCUUAUUUUUAGCUGAUUUUCAAAUUCUUCGGAAGCUGCUCUUGUAUAUAUUCAUUGUAUUGUAUUACUAUUAGUUUUGAGACUACAUCUGAGAUGACUGUAAGAGCAUGAAGACAAGGAUGCAUUCUUCUCCAAUAUCCAA